AUGAAUAUUAACCCUAAGAACUGUCUUCUGGUAACAGGGAUACCAGAGGCAGUUGAUGAGGGCUCAAUAGAAUCUAUUUUAAGGGCAGCCACUGAGUGCCUGAAUAAGUGCAAAAUGCAUAGGUGCAUGUUCAUGAGGGAGGAGGAGGCUUUCCCAGUACUGUGUGAGCUACCAGUGGCUGUGGACCUUUUACAGGUUCCAAGCGAGAUAGCAGUGGAAGAUGGUGCGUGGAAGCUAAAAGCCAUUGGGAGCCAGUCUCCACCAGCUUCUGCCUCCAAUGUAGAGUUUUUAAAGAAAAUGUCAGCCUUUCUGGGGAAAGAGGUAAAAACCUUGGCCGACAUGCUGGGUCUGUUGGGCUUUGAUCCAAGAGCUGCAUGCCUGAUGAGUGGGCAAAGGCUUUGGGGAAAAACAUUAGAAAAGGUUGUGCAGCCCCACCCUGAAUCAAGCCCCUAUUGUAAACUAAGGUUAUUUUCUGGAGGUCCCACUCAAAUACCUAGGGAAGAAGGGUUUGAACCCUGGCUGGAACACACCACUGAAAUGCUGCAGGAGUGGGCAGUACCUGGUGCUGUGAAGAGAAGGCAUCUAGUAGAGUGCCUGAGGGACCAAGCACUAGAUGUAAUUCGCACCUUGACACUCAGUAAACCUGCGGUCUGGGUGAAGGUCUCCUUCGUGGCCCUUGAUCACGCCUUUGGGAGAGCUGAGGGCUCGGAGGAUAUUUAUUGCAAGUUCCUUAAUGCCACGCAACGAAAGGGUGAGAAGGUUUCUGUCUAUAUACAGAGGUUUGAGAAAUUAUUACAGAGAGCCAUCAUGAGGGGAGCACUGGCUGUUGAGCAAAUGGACCAGACUAGAUUGGCUCAGAUUGUGAGAGGAGUUCAAUACCAGAACCCAAUACUACUCCACCUUUGA